UAGGCUUGGCCACCGGCCAAUGAGAAGUCCGAUUACAUCGGCGAACGGGUAGAACGCCGCCGGUCGCCGAUCUAACGUUCGAUCUGAUUGGUCUAAAGGAAAUCCCCUGGGAACCUGAUGACGUUGCGGCCACAUCGGCUGAGUGGAGGUGAGAAAAGACCGACAGCAGGAUGGAGCGGCAUCGUACAGAACUUCGCUGCUAACGCACACUCAGAGGUUACAUGCUUUCAUGUCAGCUUCCAGGUCUUCUAAAGUAGCAUUUGGGGCAGAAAGUAAAGAGAUGUGGUUUUACAGAAGAAUUUCAGUGGACUUCACAGUUAUGAAAACCAAGCUCUUGCAGAGUGAUACAAUGGAUGUUUUUCCAGUAAGCAAGAAAAGUGAGUUUCGUUAAGGAGCAGCUAAGAGCCAAACGGAGUGCGUUGUUUUCUAAAGCACAGCCGCUCUCUUUCUUCCAAGUUCAUCUUUGAGACUUUAGAUAAACUUAAAUCUCUUGGUGGUUUGGAGCUGCUUUCAAAGAUAUAAGUGUAGAACCAUGUUUGCAAAACUAAAAAAGAAGAUUGCUGAAGAGGCAGGCAACACCUCACGUCCCGGUAUGGGACGGAUUCCAAGAUCGGUCAGCAGAGACUCCAUUACAUCAAUAGGAGCUGACUCUGGAGAUGAUAUCGCCUCGGACAGUAGCUGUACGCGAGAGGAUCUGUUGUCUCAGCUGCUACGGCGAAAUGACCAUGUUCGGAAGCUGGAAGUAAAACUGUCAGAUUAUGCUGAGCAGCUGCGAAAUUUGCAGAAGACAAAAGAGAAGCUUGAGAUUGCAUUAGAAAAACAUCAGGAUUCCUCAAUGAGAAAACUUCAAGAACAGAAUGAGGCAUAUCAAGCCAACAGAGCAAAAAUGGCAGAAGGAAUGGCACAAGCCUUGGAAAAGAAGGAUCAGGACUGGAUGCUGAAAGUUUCCAUUCUUGAAAAGGAGAACGCAAUGCUUGAGAAUCAGCUGAAGCAAAUGAAGGAUCACAGUUUAAAUCUGUUCCAGAAACGAGAUGAACAGGAUGAACUGGAUGGAUUUCAGCAGCAAGAACUUGCCAAAGUCAAACAUAUGCUCUUGAGGAAAGAAGAACUGUUGUGCAAUAUUGAAAAGGAACUUGAAGAGCAGAAAAUAGAACUCAAUCAAACCAAAGAAGAGCUGAAGCUCUCCAAUAAGAAAUUCCUAAAUCAAGACGAAAUGCUGGAGCAGCUGCAGGCACUAAAUGCAGAUAUUAGCAAAGAAAGAGAAGAAUUUGAGACUACAAAAGGAACUGCAGAAGGGAAAAUAACAGAGUUAGAAUGCAGAACACAGGAAUUACAGGAUGUGAUUCAGAGACUGUCAGCUGAUUUACAGAAGGCAUCUGCAAUGACAGAAGAGAAGGGAAAGUUUAUAGAGCAUCUGCAAGCAAAAUUAUUUUCCCUAGAAAAACGGUUAGAGGGAAAUUAUUCAGAGGAUGAACAUAUUCAGGAGCUGCUUGAAGAGAAAUCCUGUCUGGAACGGCAACUGGAAGAAACAAAGCAUCAGUUCUUGGAAACUAAGACUAGCUACACUGUGACUGUUAGUACUCUCAAAACACAGAUCAAUGAGUUGGAAGCACAAUUAAAUUUGACCAAGGAAAAGCUAGUGCAGAAUGAAAGUGAUACGAAUGAAAAAGAAGUUCAAUUAAAAAAGCUGCAAGAAGAAAGUGAUGCUGAAAACAAUAGAUUGCAGCAUCAAAUUGCUGUUUUAAAACAUCAGCAUGCAGAAAGGACUAACCGAGUAGAUGCACAAAUUGCUGCUCUUGAAACUGCCCGUGAAUUUGACAAAACAGCUUCACAACACAAGAUAAGCCAAUUCCAAAAGAAAAAUGAAGAACUAAGUGACAGGCUUAAUGAUACAGAAAACACGUUGAGGAAAGUUGAGUGUGAACUGGAAAAAUCAAAGGAAGAAUUAAACAGCAGAGAAACUAUAAGCAUUGAAAUUGCCAAAGCAUUAGAAGAGACCAGGAAGCAGAGGGAAGAAUUGCAGCAUAAGGUUUUACAAUUGACACAAAUGCUGGAUGAAAAAGAUACUUCAGACUUGCAGAAAGAUAAAGAGUUAAUAAAAAUGCAAGAAGAUUUCAAGAAACUUGAGCAAGAUCAUGAAGGUGUGAUAUCACAGAUGAAUCAGCUACAAAUAGAAAGUGAAAAUUUUAAAAGUUCAACAGCAGAAAGAGAAGGGAUAGUUCAGAACCAGUUGAGUGAUCUCGAGUUGCAGUUGAUCGAGAGACAAGAACAUCUGGAAGCCAGUGAGCGGAAGGUGAAUGAUCUGGAAGCAGAGGUGGCAGCUCUCAAUGGACAAUUACAUCCCCCAAAAAAUGAUGGAAAAGAACAAAAUGGAGAUGUGACAGUCUCCUAUACCUUACAGCUUCAACAGGACAACCAAGAUUUGGAACAGCAGUUGAUAGAGAAAAACAAGACUAUUAAACAACUGCUGCAGAGACUAACAGAAUUGAAGAAGACACUGCAGAAAGAAUUGAAAAUGAAACCAGAAUUGGAGCCUGCUGAAGUUCGGGAGAAAUCUUACUUUGAACCACCAACCAGCAUCAGUAAUUCCACCACAGUUGUAAACAAUUCAGAUCUUAAUGACUCCAGGGAGAUAAAUUUUGAAUAUCUUAAACAUGUUCUUCUCAAAUUUAUGUCUGUGCGAGAAUCUGAGGCUUAUCAACUGGUGAAAGCAGUAUCCAUGCUACUUAACUUUACACGUGAAGAAGAAAACUUGCUAAAGGAAUCCUUAGAAUAUAAGAUGUCUUGGUUUGGGUCAAAACCUACUCCUAAAGGUAUUAUACGUCCAUCAAUAACUGGCCGACCUCCCCCUCACUGGCAAUGAACCAAGUGCAGUGUCAGGAAUGUGCACAUUGAAGAAGCUAUCAACAUAAUUCAUUUGAUGAACACUAUAGUUAAUAAGAUAUCCUUAUUAGUGUUUUCAGUCACUGUUAUGACAGUGUUUUAAUACAGGAUUACAGGUUUUCCAGGUGUUUACAAGUAUUUAAUAACUCGUACUUUAUAUUAAUACAGCUUUUAAAUGCAAAUGAAAAUGUUCUCCUAUGGGGAAUGAAAUUCAUUGUGAACAAACAAAUAUUAUGGGUUUGAAAUUCUGUAGUUUCUAAGCAUACAAGUGGAACAAUUCUUUUUGACUCUGUAGCAAUCCUGAGCUGAUUUGAAUGAAACACUGUUUGAAGUGAUAUGCUGUCAUUAUCUGCAUCUUUGCAUAUGUGCUUCUCCUUCAUUGAUAGACAUUAAUGCUUAAAAGUUUUUGCUUCCUCACUGUUAAAGUCAUGCUCUUUCCCAACCAUCCCCAUUGUUACCACAGAGCAGACCGUAACUGAUUUUGAACUCAGUAUCAUGGUCCAAAUAGAACAUAUUUUUAAAUUAUAUUUACAUUUUUAGCUUAAUCAUUUGGUGUCAUUUGGAUUAAUAAAGCUGGAAACCUGCAAGAUAAAUCAUACCAAUAGGAGAUGCCUGAAAACAAGAAACCAAGUUAAAUAUUGCAAUUGGUUUUCUGUGUAUUGGUCCAAAGUAUCACUGUCGUCCAUUUUCUAUGUUUCUCUCAAAUAUUCUAAUAAUUGUAAAAUGAGCGGUUAUUGAUUCAUAACAAAAUUUAGAACCCUUGCAUGUGUUCUUGCUGAUUAAUUGUUAUCAUGUGGUUUUAUUGCAGUUUAAGAAUGCAGUAGUGUUGUGUAAAAAUGCUGGAACAACCAAAAACAAGGGAUUUGAUGCCUAUAUAACAGGAGGCAAGGAUGAUAUAGUUACCUGGGUUAAUGCAUAAGAGAAAACAAAAUUAAACAUUCCAAAGGAGCCUUUAUAAAGGGUACCUGUAUUGUGUAUAGAAAUUAAGAAAGGUUGUUACACAUUGGGACUGGAUGUAAAAAUAGUUGCAUAAAUUAUAUACAGCCUUUCAGAGGUAGAAAAUGUUGCUUUUGAAAUAAUUAUGGUCCAUCAGUAUUUUCUUCAUCCUGCUGUUGUGAAACCAGGAAUUCUUGAAAGCAGGAGCAACAUUGUGUGUAAAUAUAUAUAUAUGUUACAUAUGAACUAAUGCACUUUUAUUUGUAUAAAAAAAUGCUGUUCAGUGUAAUCUUUAUAAAUGCAUCGAUUGGCCUUAGCAACUAAUUUCUCUCCCUUGAUGUUAUAAACCUGGUUUGGAUAAAGCAAGUGAUACUUCAUCUGACCUGUGUUUGCUUGGGAAUGAUUUAUAGGUGCAAUACUUUCCAAUUAAAAUUCGUUUAGACUUGCUGAAAUUGUGGUUGAAUUCUUUGAUUAGGUAAAAUUUCAGUUCUUCAAAAAUGCAGGAACAAUUUCAUGAGGAAAGUAUAUUGAGUUGAGGUUUUCAGUAAAAUUUCAGCUUGUCCACCUCAGUUAGCUUGAAAAGAAGUAUAAGAAGUAGUUCAGAAUGUGUUUGCAAUUUCAAUUGUUGAAAAUGGUACACCAGUCCAUGUCAAUUGACAGGUAAAAAGUGACAAAGGUAUUUGAAUUGCUGUCUUAUAUAUUUUUCUUGCAAGAAUGCACAGAAAUUGAAUAAUCUUUGAAAAAUCAAAUUAUUUCAUAAUUACUGCACCAAAUGCUGAUGCCAAUCUUCUAAAUGUUUUACCUGAGUAAAUGUUAAGGUUUAAAGUCACGUAAAAAUAUUCAGACUAAGUUCACUUACAUUAGAAAGAAGCUUUAAUUGGUUCAGACUGAAAGACCAUCUUUAGUUUCCAUAGAAUAAUGGCAGAAGCAAAGUAAUAAUUUCAUCCUAACCAAAUGGCAUGUUUUUUAAAACUUGUGGCAGUGCUGCAAUUGACUUCAGUUAUUUUAUGUGACUGCAGUAUCUCACUAUUUUAUUGACUAGCUUCCUAGUAAUAAUGCUUUUGAAAUUCAUUUUGACAGUGAGAAGUUGCAUGGAAUAUUUGAGUGCUGCAGCUGCCAUCCUGGCUUGUUUUUGAACAUUCAAGCACUAACGAAAAAUCUACACAAACCUACAGGCCAAACUUCUGCAGGUUGUGUAUAAUUCAAAUCCCAGUGAGAUCAGUGUAAUUUUACCUUGACUGACCCAAGUUUUGUUAUCCAUCUCCCAGACCACAUUAUUAGAGUUUAAGCCAACAAAAUGCAAUUAUUCUUGCUUGAAGUAGGUUACCUACUUAGACAGUGGAAGUAAAAACUGGGUUAUCUUUUUUUCUUGACAAGCUGUCAAAGAUUGCAUGAGGAGUUAUUAUAAUUAAUUCUUUCACAAAUUUAAUGUGCUUAUGAGAUGGAAAUGUAAAAAUUUAAGAAUGAAUAGGUAUAGGAAUCAAUUUAAAAUAUUAAUAAAUUACCUAACUUUAUACAAGGUGGUCAUAAGGACCUGGGCUUUCAAUGAAAUUCUAAAUGUAUCAUACUAUUCAAAUAUUGUAAAUUGUGGUACUAUGUAGUUAAUCUGGACUGGACCUGAAAAACCUGCUGAGACUUGUAUUUGCAUAAACAUUUAAGGACAAA